CUGGACCUGAAGGAGGCCGGUGACUUCCAUUUCCAGCCAGCUGUGAAGAAGUUUGUCCUGAAGAAUUACGGAGAGAACCCAGAAGCCUACAAUGAGGAACUGAAGAAGCUGGAGCUGCUUAGACAGAAUGCCGUCCGCGUUGCCCGGGACUUUGAGGGCUGCAGCGUUCUCCGAAAGUACCUCGGCCAGCUGCACUACCUGCAGAGUCGUGUCCCCAUGGGCUCAGGGCAGGAGGCUGCAGUCCCUGUCACCUGGACUGAGAUCUUCUCAGGCAAGACUAUGACUCAUGAGGACAUCAAGUAUGAGCAGGCCUGUAUCCUCUACAACCUUGGCGCGCUGCACUCCAUGCUGGGGGCCAUGGACAAGCGGGUGUCUGAGGAGGGCAUGAAGGUCUCCUGCACCCACUUCCAGUGCGCAGCGGGCGCCUUUGCCUACCUGCGGGAGCACUUCCCUCAGGCCUACAGCGUGGACAUGAGCCGCCAGAUCCUCACCCUCAAUGUCAACCUCAUGCUGGGCCAGGCACAGGAGUGCCUCCUGGAGAAGUCUAUGCUGGACAACCGGAAGAGCUUCCUGGUGGCCCGCAUCAGUGCACAGGUAGUUGACUACUACAAGGAGGCGUGCCGGGCCCUGGAGAACCCCGACACUGCCUCUCUAUUGGGCCGCGUCCAGAAGGACUGGAAGAAGCUGGUGCAGAUGAAGAUCUACUACUUUGCAGCAGUGGCGCAUCUACAUAUGGGGAAGCAGGCUGAGGAGCAGCAGAAGUUCGGGGAGCGGGUGGCCUACUUCCAGAGCGCCCUGGACAAGCUUAAUGAAGCCAUCAAGUUGGCCAAGGGCCAGCCUGACACUGUGCAAGACGCACUUCGCUUCACUAUGGAUGUCAUUGGGGGAAAAUACAACUCUGCCAAGAAGGACAAUGACUUCAUCUACCAUGAGGCUGUGCCAGCCCUGGACACCCUGCAACCUGUGAAAGGCGCUCCCUUGGUGAAGCCCUUGCCUGUGAACCCCACGGACCCAGCUGUCACAGGCCCUGACAUUUUUGCCAAACUGGUACCCAUGGCUGCCCAUGAGGCCUCGUCACUGUACAGUGAGGAGAAGGCCAAGCUGCUUCGGGAGGUGAUGGCCAAGAUCGAGGACAAGAAUGAGGUCCUGGACCAGUUCAUGGAUUCAAUGCAGCUGGAUCCUGAGACAGUGGACAACCUGGACACAUACAGCCACAUCCCACCCCAGCUCAUGGAGAAGUGUGCAGCACUUAGCGUACGUCCUGACACCGUCAGGAACCUUGUCCAGUCCAUGCAGGUGCUGUCGGGCGUGUUCACGGAUGUGGAGGCCUCCCUGAAGGACAUCAGGACCUUGCUGGAGGAGGAUGAGCUGCAAGAGCAGAAGCUGCAGGAGGCCGUGGGCCAGGCUGGGGCCUGCCCAGCCACCACCAAGGCAGAACUGGCAGAGGUGAGGAAAGAGUGGACCAAGUACAUGGAAGUGCAUGAGAAGGCAUCUUUCACCAACAGUGAGCUGCACCGAGCCAUGAACCUGCACGUGGGCAAUCUCCGCCUGCUCAGUGGACCACUGGACCAGGUCCGGGCUGCCCUGCCCACACCAGCCCUCACCCCAGAGGACAGGGCUGUGCUGCAGAACCUGAAGCGCAUCCUGGCCAAGGUGCAGGAGAUGCGUGACCAGCGCGUGUCCCUGGAGCAGCAGCUGCGUGAGCUGAUCCAGAAGGAUGACAUCACCACCUCGCUGGUGACCGCUGACCACUCAGAGAUGAAGAAGCUGUUUGAGGAACAGCUGAAGAAAUAUGACCAGCUGCGGGUGUACCUGGAGCAGAACCUGGCUGCCCAGGACAACGUGCUCCGUGCACUCACUGAGGCCAACGUGCAGUAUGCGGCUGUGCGGCGGGUGCUCAGCGGCCUGGACCAGAAGUGGAACUCUACACUACAGACCCUGGUGGCCUCAUACGAAGCCUACGAGGACCUAAUGAAGAAAUCCCAAGAGGGCAAGGACUUCUAUGCAGACCUGGAGAGCAAGGUGGCUGCCUUGCUGGAACGGACGCAGUCUGCCUGCCAGGCGCGAGAGACCGCACGCCAGCAGCUCCUAGACCGAGAGUUAAAGAAGAAGCCGCCCCCACGGCCAACAGCCCCGAAGCCACUGCUGCCUCGCAGGGAGGAGGGUGAGGCAGUGGAGACGGGGGACCCACCAGAGGAGCUGCGCAGCCUGCCCCCCGACAUGGUGGCUGGCCCACGGCUGCCUGAUGCCUUCCUGGGAGCUGCCACCCCGCUCCACUUCACACCUGGCCCCUUGCCUGGCUCCACUGUCCCAGGCCCCCACUACGUCUCAGGCUCCCUCCCCGCUGGCACCUACUCAGGCCCCAGCCCACUGCUGCAGGCCAGGGCUUCAGGGCCCCCCGCCAUGCCCAUGGCACCUGCACCUGUCCUCUACCCAGCCCCUGCCUAUACCCCAGAGCUGGGCCUUGUGCCCCGGUCCUCCCCACAGCAUGGCACAGUGAGCAGUCCCUAUGGGGCUGUGGGGGCACCCCCACCCGUCACAGGCCUGCCCUCUGCCCCGCCUCCCCAGUUUGGCGGCCCUGAGUUGCGCAUGGCAGUUCGGCCAGCCACCACCACGGUGGACAGCGUCCAGGCCCCCAUCUCCAGCCACAUGGCACUCCGGCCAAACCCCAGCCCUGCUCUUCCGCAACCCUGCUUCCCCCAGCAACCCCUGCCUGCACCCUAUACGUACCCUGUUGGGGCCAAGCAACCUCUUCCAGCACCCUCAGCUCAGCACCACUUUUCUCCUGGGGUACCCACGGCGUUCCCCCCACCCCAGGGCCCCAGGAUUGGGCCCCAGCCACAUCCCUCCAGGGCAGCAUUUGGGCCACUGCCCCCUCAGCAACCUCUUCCAUUCCAGCAUCCACACCUCUUUCCACCCCAGGCCCCAGGGAUCCUCCCCCCACAGCCCCCUUAUCCCUUCCCACCCCAGCCUGGUGUCCUUGGGCAGCCAACAGCUGCGCUUGGCACGGUGCCCCCUCGGCCCCCUAUAGCAGAGCCCUCUGCAUGCCCGCGCCGGGGCCCAGUGGCUGCAGACCUGCUGUCCUCCAGCCCCGAGAGCCAGCACAGUGGUGCACAGCCUCCUGGGGGCGGGCAGCCCCUGCUGCAGCCGACUAAAGUGGAUGCUGCUGAGGGCCGCCGCCCACAGGCCCUGCGACUGAUUGAGCGGGACCCCUACGAGCACCCUGAGAGGCUGUGGCGCUUGCAGCAUGAGCUGGAGGCCUUCCGGGGCCAGCUGGGAGACGCAGGGGCGCUGGACGCAGUCUGGCGGGAACUCCAGGAGGCGCAGGAGCAGGAUGCCCGAGGCCGCUCCAUUGCCAUCGCCCGCUGCUACUCCCUGAAGAACCGGCACCAGGACAUCAUGCCGUACGACAGCAACCGCGUGGUGCUGCGCUCGGGCAAGGACGACUACAUCAAUGCCAGCUGCGUGGAGGGGCUGUCACCGUACUGCCCACCCCUCGUGGCCACCCAGGCCCCACUGCCCGGCACAGCUGCCGACUUCUGGCUCAUGGUCCAUGAGCAGAAAGUGUCGGUCAUCGUCAUGCUGGUGUCUGAGGCCGAGAUGGAGAAGGUGGGGGGCGCCCCAGAGGCUGAGUGGGUGGUGGGCAGGUGCCCAGGAAUCUGGCGCUCUCACUGCCCCGCCACCCCCAGAGGCCUGCCCGACAGCCCCGGCAACCUGCUCCGCUUCAUCCAGGAGGUGCAUGCACACUACCUGCACCAGCGGCCCCUGCACACGCCCAUCGUCGUGCACUGCAGCUCUGGUGUGGGCCGCACGGGGGCCUUCGCGCUGCUUUACGCGGCUGUACAGGAGGUGGAGGCUGGGAACGGCCUCCCCCAGCUGCCCCAGCUGGUGCGGCGCAUGCGGCAGCAGAGGAAGCACAUGCUGCAGGAGAAGCUGCACCUCAGGUUCUGUCACGAGGCAGUGGUGCGGCACGUGGAGCAGGUGCUACAGCGCCAUGGUGUGCCCGCCCCCUGCAAGGCCGCGGCAGCUGCAGGCACCAACCAGAAGAGCCAGCUGCCUCCAGACUCCCAGGACCUGGUCCUCGGUGGGGAUGUACCCAUCAGCUCCAUCCAGGCCACCAUCGCCAAGCUCAGCAUCAGGCCUGCUGGAGGCCUGGAUUCCCCGGCUGCGCUGCAGCCAAGCGCCACAGAGACCCCAGGCCCGCUGCCUGCCAGCCUCCCCGAGCCUGUGCCUGCCCCGUCUUCCCCACCACCCCUUGCCUCGCCCCUGCCCGAUGCCCCCCAGCCAGAGGAGCAGCAGGCGGUGCUUGAAGCCCCCAGCACAGCGCCCCCGUCCUCCUCCCUGGAGCUGCUGGCCUCCCUGACCCCUGAGGCCUUCUCCCUGGACAGCUCCCUGCGCGGGAAGCAGCGUAUGAGCAAGCAGAGCUUCCUGCAGGCCCACAAUGGGCAGGGCCUGCGCGCUGCCCAGGCCCUGGACGACCCCCUCAGCCUUCUGGAUCCACUCUGGACCCUUAAUAAGACCUAAGCCUUUCUGCCAGUCCUCACACUAAAACUACGUUGUCUCCUUCGCCCUGCUCCUGCAGCCGCAGACCCACCUAGCUCAGGCUGACCGAGGGUGGACACACUGUGGCCUCCUAUCAGGUGGGACCUGAUGUUUUUCAGCUCUUUGCUAUUGAAAUAAACCAACCUAUUCUGUGGCCA